UCCUGUUUUACGACAAAUAAAAAGACUAUUUACGGUAAUCACCUGUUCUAAAAAAAGAAAUUCGUCUCAUAACAAGAGAAAGAAAUUUAUUUAUAUUUUGCGUUUUAAGAAAGAAAAUGGACUGGAGAUAAUGUUUGUCAGAAGAUGAACGCACGAACACAGGUUUUUGAACUUUCUGUUGAAGGGAGACAAAUAGAAGAAGUAGUAGAAAGUAUCUUUCAUACAUUGCUACUACACAGAACUAUAGGAAAGUUUCACUUCAAACAAGAAUCAAGUUAUUCUAUAGGAACAGUUGGUAUAGUAGAUGUAGACUGUGAUUUUAUAGACUUUACUUAUGUGAGGACAGCCUCAGAUGAAUUAGACAGGAAGUUGAAAGGUCAUGUAUCUUUGUUCAGGGAUACAUUAAGGAGUCAGGAUGGACCAGGGUCUGGACAGAUCUCAUUAGAAUUUUACCAGAAAAAGAAAACAAGAUGGCUAUUUUCCCCAGAAUGCAUUCCAUGGGAAGUGUGGACCAUAAAACUGGAUAUACUCACUCUAUCUAAUGAAAGUGAGAGACAAUUAUUACGGGAAAAACUUGGAGAAGUUUUAGCAGAGAAAUUGAUGUAUGUAGCUGAAGCUAUGAAUAGACAUGAAUAUGUUCCUAAAAUGCCAAACCAGUCCGAACUGGAUCUUGUAUUUGAUACCACUAUAGCUGAUGUUCAACCUUAUUUGUAUAGGAUAUCCCACCAGACCACAACACCUCCCCCAUCUGUCAGUAAUACCAUGAGGAAAUUCCUGAAGGACACACUGGCAUUCUGAUACCACUCAUCAUUCAUGAAGAUUUUGCAUUAUUGGAAAAUUCCUUAAAAGAGUGUACAUUUGCAUUGUCACCAAAAUACUACUGUUUAGCAUAAGAUUAAAUCAUGGGAAAUUCCUUAAAGUGUGAACAUUAGCAUUGUGAUUUAAACUCCACUGUGCAGCAAAAAAUUGAAUCAUGGGAAAAUUCCGAAAAAUGAUGUACAUUAGCACCAAUCUUCCUUGUGAAGCAAAAGAUUGAAUCAUGUGGAAAAUUCCUAAUGUAAGACUCAUUAUAAUGUAUUAAAGUUUCAUGAUAGGAAAUUGCCUUGUAUUUUAAUUGGUAAUUUUUCGAAAAUCAUGAAUUUAUAUGAUAUUGUACAAGUUAAAAAAAAUCAUGACUUAGUUGGACAUAGGUAAGGUGCUUGGUAUAUAUAUUUAUUAUCUCCCCUUAAUAAUUCCCUUCAAAUAUUGAAGCAGUAUGAUAUAUAAAAUAUCUCACCACACUAAAUAUAAUCAUCAUGUGUGUACUAUAUUUCAGUGUGUUUCAUUCAAAUUUUCCAACAUUCAUUGUUAAAUUUAAUCACCAAUUGUAAAUUUUCACCUAAUCACCUUGGCUCCAUUAAGUUGAAAAUUUUCCCAUAGUUUUGAACAAAUACUAACAAUUGAAUGUGUUAUUAAUGUCUACAUUUUUGUGAAUUGUAUGUUAAUGAUAUUAAAAUUAAGAUGCAUAAAUUCAUGACAUUUUGAUAUGUAGUGUUUAAUUAACAUGCAGAUAAUUUGUAACCUUUUAAACUUAUGAUGUGUGCUGAACUAAUAAAUGUUAAGGAUUUUUAUGGCCCAACAGUGUCAGAGGAGGCUUUAAGUGUUACACUUGUCUUCUUGUCAUACAUAUGUGUGUCCUGUGUUUGGGUUUACAUUCUCCAACUGAAGUCUUGCAUCAACCAAAUGUUAUAAAAGUUAUACACAAUUAUUAUUACCACUAAUCUCAGAUCAACUUUGAAAGGUGGUGUCACUAUAACUGUUCUAGUUUUAUGGUCUGUUGAAAUUGAAUGUCAGAAUUGUAUCUUUUAUGCUAUUGUCAUUGUAGUAAUACAUGUAAUAGUAGUGAUAAGUUAUAAAAAUAGUAAAUGGUAACAAGUCUUUUUUUUGUUGCAACAUAUACAUGAUAUAAGAUUUUUUUUUAAAUUCUUAAUUUUUCAUUAAUUAUAAACAGUGAUCAGUGAUAAGUUGGGAUUUAAAGUUAGAGUGGGACAGAUUUAAGAAUAAGGAUGUGUUAGUGCAGUUUCUUGCCGGGAAAGGGACAACUUUAAAAUGAUGUUAAUAAACAGAAAUUACUGGAUCUAUAAUACUUUAUAAUUGCUAAAAGCUGUUUCUAGUUUAGAUAAAAUGAUAAUUUUGCAUUGAGAAGUAUUUACCAGUGUUUUCCAAAAAAAGAAUAUGUUUUUGCCUCUUUGUGUUAGGUUAAAUGAAGCUUAAGGAGAUCUGGUGGGGGAAAAUACAACAUUCAUAUAAGGUCACAAAAUGGAUUAUUAUAUUUACUGCAAUAAAUGUUAUUCCAAUGCAAUAUAUACUUUAUAUUUCAAGAUCAAACCAAACAAUCUACUAAACUUUAUAAUUAAUCACUAAAGUAUGUCUGAUAUAGAUAAUGUUCAAAGACUUGAUAUGAAAUAAAUAACCAAUUUGAAUAAAUAAUUACUGGUACUUGAUUUUGACAAAUGGUUCUGAUUUGUAUCACUAAGUUACUAACGGUUUAAUGAUAUUUUGUGAUAUUGAUAUUUCUAGUCAGGACGUAUAUUUUCAGUUUAUAAGCAAGGAUGCAAUGGCAAGUUUUUAAGGUUUGAUGUAAAAUUGUGUUGCAGUUUUUUGUUUUGUAUUUGCAUUACAUCUGAUAUUAAACAUAAAUCGUGAAACAGCAAAAUUGACAUUACACCAUUAUGUGCAGGGGAAUGAUUGUAAUACUAAUACAAAAAAUGUAAUUCUCUGCAAAUUUCCAAUCUAGGCAACCCUUUCUUGUCUUGCUUUGUGAAUAAUUCAGUUUGAAGGAAACCACUUUAUAAUUAUUUCAAUGGUAUUUGAUAUGCAGUUUUAUAAGCUUUGGCUUUUCUCAUUCCAACUGAUGUUAUUUGGCCUAACACCUUAAAAUCAUUAUUCAUGACUUUAAAUUUUUCAAUAUUUUCCUUUUCAAAUAUUACCAAUUUGAUUUCUACCUUUCCAUUUUAUUAUCAAAAUUACAAAAAGUGAUAAUAUAUCUGUAUUGAUAGCUUAUUCCAUGACUCAAAGCAAGCAGAAGAGCUGUUAUUCAGUAAGGAAAACACUAUUAAAUGUCAUAAUUUAUUAUAAAACAACAUGUAUGAUGCUGCCCCAUUAUAUGGUUGUUGUUUUUUUGUAUGUGGAUAGUUUUCUCAGGAAAAUAAAUCAUUCAUAACAAUGAUCACUGCAACCUAUAUUUUGUGACUGUAUGAAAUAUGAAUAAUUGAAUUAUAGGUGAAUAUUUAUGUAAAUUCAUAACUAAAAAAAACUAGUUGUUGGAAUGAUUAGCUAAAAAACAACUUUUGCACACACAAAAAAACAAAAUAAAAUUCAUCUCAAAUAUAUGUCAAAUGUGUGGUUUUUUUUUAAUUUGCUUUAAUAUUCACAAGACAAAAAUAACAAAAAAAAACCCAAGCAAUGACCUUAUCAUUCGAAUCAAUAAAUAAGAAUAAACACAGAUAACUUCAAUCAAACUGUCACAAACAACAAACACAUUUAAAAUUCAAAAUAACACAUGGUGAUUGUUGGUUCAAUUCAAUACUAUAUUCAAACAUGGUGUAUGUUUUCAGAUUUGCUUUUAGUUUUUUGUUUUGUAUGGAUCUGCAAAAGGGAAUAGUACAACAAUAGUAAAUAAAUACUAAUAGAUUAAUAUGUUUAACUUAGUUAGUGCUUUUAAUGUUCAGAAUAUUAGUUGAAUCCCAUAUGUUUUGAGAGAAUCAUUUAGUUUCAACAUUUUUGAAAAAAAUAACCAAGGAAGGUGUAAUAUACAAACCAUUGUGACUGCGUUUCACUUUGAGUUGUGUUAGGUAGCCUAAAUAUACAUAGUGGAUUGCUUACCAACAAAAUUAUGAGCCAAUUUACAAAUCCUGUUGCAUUAUUGGAGGUAAAAUGUUAAAGUUUAUCUGAUUGGUUGAACUGUAUUUUUCCUAGGAUAAGCUGACUUCCUGUAUUCAUCAAUUAACUUGUUAUUAAUAUACAUUGUAUUUACUGGUGACUUGUAUAUUCUACUAAAAUAGGUACAGAACAACAUUUAAUUAUUAAAUAGCUGUUGUGUAUCAGUUUACAAGACAGUUGUGCAUUUGAUAAAAAAAAAGAAUUAAUCACAUUUUUUUUAUUGUUAAUAUUUAAUUCUUUGAUGAUACAUGUAUGUUAUUAAAAGAUGUAUGUAUUUUCAAUAUUGAAUGAUUUUCAUAAAAUGUUGUACAAUGUACAUGAAGUGACUGUUUAGUUAUUUCUCAUAGCUACAUUAUUAAGAUGUACAUUUGAAUCAUUGCCAGUAUUUAUAUUGUGUCCUAACAUAAAGUUCAACAAUAAAUAAUAUUUUACCAAAA